CAUACUAAAUCAAUGAAGUAAAUAAAAGGUAACCUAUCUGCACCCAAGGAAAGCGUCCCGGGAGCAACAGGGUUAUGAAACCUGCGCUGCAGAGGACACGCUGAAAAAAGGAGAGGACACAAUGACCAAAUCAUACAGUGAGCACCCACUGAUGGGGGACCCUCAGUCCCAAGGCCCCCCCAGCUGGACUGACGACUGCCUCAGCUCCCAGGACGACGAGCAUGAAGUGGACAAGAAAGAGGAGGACCUAGAAACCUUACAUGCAGAGGCUGAGGUCGAAUCUCUGAGAAACGGGGAGGAAGAGGAGGAAGAAGAUGAAGAUGAGCUAGAGGAGGAGGAGGCAGAAGAGGACGACGAGGAGGCGGAGGAGGAGGAAGAGGGAGAGGAGGACGACCAAAAGCCCAAGAGACGCGGCCCCAAGAAAAAGAAGAUGACCAAGGCGCGGCUGGAGAGAUUCAAGCUGCGGCGUAUGAAGGCCAAUGCCCGCGAGCGGAACCGCAUGCAUGGCCUCAACGCCGCUCUGGACAACCUGCGCAAGGUGGUGCCCUGCUACUCCAAGACGCAGAAGCUGUCCAAGAUCGAGACGCUGCGCCUGGCCAAAAACUAUAUUGGGGCCCUCUCCGAGAUCUUGCGCUCGGGCAAGAGCCCCGAUUUGGUGUCCUUCGUGCAGAGUCUCUGUAAGGGCUUAUCUCAGCCCACUACCAACCUGGUGGCCGGCUGCCUCCAGCUCAACCCGCGGACCUUCCUGCCUGAGCAGAGCGCGGAGCUGCUGCCCCACAUCCAGCCCGCCGGCGCUUCCUUCCCGGGCCAUCCGUACUCCUACCAGUCGCCGGGCCUUCCGAGUCCGCCGUACGGCACCAUGGACAGCUCUCACCUCUUCCAUCUCAAGGCACCGCCCGCCUACGGGGCGGCGCUGGAGCCCUUCUUCGAGAGCGCCCUGGCCGAAGGCGAGAGCCCGGCCUUCGACGGGCCACUCAGUCCGCCGCUCAGCGUCAACGGGAACUUCUCCUUCAAGCACGAGCCGGCCAACGAGUUCGAGAAGAACUACGCCUUCACCAUGCACUACCCGGCCGCCGGUUUGGCCGGAGCUACUGGCCACGGCUCCAUCUUCGCCUGCUCGGCCUCGCGCUGCGACCUCCCUCUCGACAGCCUCCUGCCCUACGAGAGCCAGGCCCAUCACGAGCGGGUCAUGAGCGCCCAGCUCAACGCGAUCUUUCACGACUGAGCCCUUCCAGAUGUUUCGGCGGAGCCAGGAUGCCCGCGGCGGCAGGGACUCGUUCCGUGCAGGGGGCGCGAAGACGGAGGGAGGGGAGAAAGGAACACUUCCAGGCGUCAGGGACGCCUUUAUGCGUAUUGUGGUUAUCGCCUUCAGGAGCGACGGGGAGGCGGACAUUUUCCUGGUCCCGCCGGUCAUUUCCUCGCCCUUCCU